AUGCACCGCGAUUAUGGAAAUGGAACUCCGCAGAGAGCCCCCUCACGAUCUUUUAUAGUCAACACACUUACCUACACCCUCAUCCUCGUCCUUCCUUCAAGGAUGGAUCGAGGAGAUCCCAAACUUCUCGUUCGAGCUGCUGCUACUUUCCCCAACAUCUUAUUGACCUUGGCGGUAAAUCUCCUCAACCCCCUGUAUUAUUUGCGACAACUUUGGACAUCUGUUCGGUGGCUCGAGUCUUUAUUCAGGUUUUUCCUGAUUUGCACGACCAGUCGAUCCAUAAUAUCUGAGGUCCUCGAGUUCUGGAAGGAGGGUGUCUCGAUUUUUGGCUACAUUUUGCAAAUCAUUGGAACUGCUUUGAUUGACUCGACCCAACCACCGAAUCAUCAAUCACUAACACAAGAGCGACCGGAGUCUUCGUCUGCCCCUAACGUCGAACACGCUCUAAAUAAUGAAAUCCUGAGCUCAUCCCCAGAUUCGACGGCUCCAGCUCCAGAAGUUCCAUCGACCCCAACCCAUUCGUCUGUUCCUUCCUCGCCGCCUGAUGGGGUUCGAGCUCGUCCGCGGCCUGCGAGUUACCACGGUCACACAGCCGCUGGUUUAUUGAGCGGGUUGCACACGCCGCAGAUUCAAUCUGGAACGACAUUUUUCGGAGGAAUCAAACCCCUGCAUCUCCCUCAUAUCGUAGCUGUAUCUCCGAGAUUGGGCGCGGAAAAACCCUCUCAACCACCCUCUCCUACUCUGCUCACACUAGACUUGGGACCGAAGCCUGAAAAUGAUACAGGGAAUGCCGAGGAUACGGUUGGUACGACGCGAAAGCGACGUAUCUUCAACACCCGACCUCAUUCCCUGGACUUGAAAUCGUCGACGUCCGUCCACGUACGAUCUCGUUCGAUGUCCCCUCGACAACGUGUAAUAUCUCUUCCUGACGUCGAGCCAGUGCAAGAGGAUACCGUUUACUCCUCCCCUCCAGACAUCAAGUCUUUUCGUCUCAUCCCUUCUAGCACGGGGAAAAUCUCCCCUGAACACAAACGGACCGAGUCAUUGAAGGCAUUCGCAGCCCAAGAAAGGGAGUCUCUACUUUUCAGGAUCUCCGAGCUCGAGGCUGCAUUACGGUCGGCAAAGGCAACCGCAUCAGUACCCCACCGGGAUGCAACGGAAUCCACUGAGGUUUUCCAAGAUAGCAAAGACACUAGUCUGGAUUUAGUUGACAGUUCAGGCCCUAUUCCAGUCUCUCCCAUCGAGCAGCUUAUUGAAUCAGAUCAUCAAAUACACGAGACGUAUCCAUCCCCACCUCACAGUCCCACGAACAACGCAUUACCUUUAGCAUUCCCACCAUCAGCGAGCUCAUCGUCGGCUUCUCAAUGCAUGAAUCAACAGAAAAAUACCCCUCAUACCCAUAUCAUCAGUGCCUUGCUCGACCAAGUGUCCCCUUCGUCUACAUCAACUUCAAGAUCACCCCGCCCAGGGCCUCGUGUCCUUCUUACAUCUCCCACUAUGAACUUGGGUUCUGGUGUGGACGAGAUGCAUUGGCGUGCUGAUGGAAAGGAGGGCGAACAACAGCCAGCCUCAUUGUUGGUCAAUCCCUUCGCGCCGAUCAUGGACAAUCAGGAUGUAUUAUCGUACAGCCCGACUUCCGGCGCGACAGAGGGCUUCCAGCGUUGA